UAGUGUUCGUUCAAUGUCUUUCUGUGCUACAUUCAUCACACAUUAUUUUGGGUCUUAUCUUUCGUUUGAUUCAAAACUCUUUGCCAUUCGAUUUGUGAAUGAAUGUACAAAGUCAUCCCUUGAUUGGCUCCUGUUGUAAAUUUAUCCAACACUCGGGGUACGAUAAUAAAAUAUGAAAGUUGCAGUUGUUGGAGCCGGAUUAGCCGGUGUUUGUGCCACCAAACAUUGCCUGGAGUAUGGAUACGAUGUGACAACAUUCGAAAAGACAAAUACGAUUGGCGGUACAUGGUAUUACACCGACAGUGUGGACAAAGACGAAUUCGGAAUGGACGUACACACUAGCAUGUAUCAGAAUUUAAGAACAAACUUCCCGAAAGAAAUAAUGGGAUUUCCGGACUACGAUUUCACUGGACCGAAAAAUUCCUACGUAUCGGCAGGUGAAGUUCUGGACUUCAUAAAAACUUAUGCUCGGGAAUUCAAAGUGGAUGAGCAGAUUAAAUUCCGUCACGAAAUUAUUCGCAUUCGGCCAAUAGGAAUGACAUCACGGUGGGAGAUAGUGGUGCGAGAUUUUAACAAUGACUCCGCCGAAGUACAACAAUUCGAUGCGGUGAUGUGUUGCAACGGGCACUACAGUUGUCCUCGGAUACCAGACAUUCCUGGACGGGAUUUGUACGGUGGUAAAGUUCUUCACACUCACAGUUACCGGACAGCCGACAUCUUUAAAGGCGAAACAGUUCUGGUUGUUGGAAGUGGAUCUAGUGGCAUUGAUAUCGCCUAUUUGGUGUCAAAGACUGCGACCAAAACAACCAUUAGUUUUCACGAUCCGACAAGGAUUAUUCCGAGUGGAAUCCAUAAAAAACCGGACAUACGAGAAUUGACCGAAAACGGUGCAAUAUUUCGCGACGGAACGGAAGAGCAUUUUACCGUCAUCAUAUUCGCCACUGGAUACCUGUACUCGUUUCCUUUCCUGAGCAUUGACUGUGGUAUGACAAUAAACGACAACUACAUUCAGCCGUUAUUCAAGCACUGCAUCAACAUUAAUUACCCAACGAUGGCACUGAUUGGAAUGCCGUAUUUGGUGCAUCCACCUCUAAUCAGUUAUUUGCAGAUCCAACUUUUUCUUAAAUAUUUGAGUGGCACUCAAAACAUUCCAUCGAAAGAAGAGAUGAUGAGCACAACCAAUAAAGAAAUGGACAGCCGAUGGAAAAAUGGAUUCAAGAAGAAACAGGCGCACAUGCUGGGAACUGAUUUGUUGGAUGAGUAUUAUGCAGACCUGUGUCAAUUAGCCGGCCUACCACCGGUAAAACCUUACAUGAUGGAAAUUUAUCGCGAAAACCAGCGAAAUCUGAAACGGGAUCACAUCAGAUUCCGUGAGAUUAAUUUCACGGUCAUCGACGACGAACAUUUUGAGACAGAUAAAGAAUUAUGUUGAAGAACCGAAGAAGAAGAAAGAAAUUCGAUUGGAAA